GCCCAUUGUGUACCAAAGAAAAAAGACAAUGAUAUAGCUGUAUCACCAGAAGACUUUACUGUUUCCGCUGGAAAAUCAUAUCUUGAUAAAGUCGAAACCAGUGUUCAAUCUUCCAAAAUUACUGGUCGGGGAAUAACUAAACCAGACCAAGUCAAAAUACCAAAUGAACUCCAGGAAAUACCAAUUCCAAUUGUGGACGAAUCAGUUUGUAAGAACAAACUCCCAGCACCGUUCUUGAAGUAUUAUUCCGAAGAUAAAUUUUGUGCUGGGUAUUACAACCAAACUAAAGGGGUUUGCCAAGGUUUUGUUGGUGGUGGCUUUUACUUCGAAAAGGAUGGUAGACAUUAUAUCAAAGGAAUUCUAAGUGUUUCUCCUGUUAUAAAUGGAAAAUGUGAUCUUCAACAAUAUGGUCUCUAUAUACGAAGUUUUAUUGAUCAGGAAAUUAUCGAAGACUCCUAGAAGCUUGUUAGUUAAUAUGUGAUGAAUAAAUAUUGUAACUAUUU